GCGGGAUUGUGACGCGCAGCCGGGGAGGCCACCGGGCCGGCCGCGGGCGCAGCCACCGGCGCCGGCUCUGGGCGGGCUCGGCGCGGCCGUUGCGGCGGUUGGAGAGCGUUUUCUGCUGCCCGCCGCCUGCAGCGGGAGGUGCGAGCAGAUGCUCACGUAGCGUGAGAGAAGCCGUUGUACAUGCCUCAGCCCUGAACCGCCGUCUCAGGUAUACUGGCGCUGGAGACUGCUAUGGGAGAUUGGAUGACUGUUACAGAUCCAAGUCUGUGUGCAGAAAGCAAAAAUCUCUCUGAAUAUACCUCAGAAACAAAGAUGUCUCCAUCAAGUUUAUACUCCCAGCAAGUGCUAUGUUCUUCCAUGCCUUUAUCAAAAAAUGUACAGAGUGUUUUCAGGGUCUUCUGCACAGAAGAGAACAUUGAACAAAGUCUUUCAUAUCUCGAUCAGGAACUGACUACCUUCGGUUUUCCUUCCUUAUAUGAAGAAUCCAAAAGUAAGGAGACAAAGAGACAAUUAAAUAUAGUUGCUGUGUUAAACUGUAUGAAUGAGCUACUUGUGCUUCAGCGGAAGAACCUUCUGGCCCAGGAAAGUGUGGAGACACAGAAUCUGAAGCUAGGCAGUGACAUGGACCACCUACAGAGCUGCUACACCAAACUUAAGGAACAACUGGAAACCUCAAGGCGAGAGAUGAUUGGGCUUCAGGAGAGAGAUAGGCAGUUACAGUGCAAAAACAGGAAUUUGCAUCAGCUACUGAAAAAUGAAAAAGAUGAGGUACAAAAAUUACAAAAUAUCAUAGCCAGUCGGGCUACUCAGUAUAAUCAUGAUAUGAAGAGAAAAGAACGCGAAUACAAUAAACUAAAGGAACGGCUGCACCAGCUUGUUAUGAACAAGAAGGAUAAAAAAAUAGCCAUGGACGUCUUAAAUUAUGUGGGUCGAGCUGAUGGAAAACGAGGCUCGUGGAGGACUGAUAAAACAGAAGCCAGGAAUGAAGAUGAAAUGUACAAACUUCUGUUGAGUGAUUACGAGUGCCGCCAGAAGCAGAUCCUCACAGAAAACGCUGAGCUGAAGAAGGUCCUGCAGCAGAUGAAGAAGGAGAUGAUUUCUCUUCUCUCUCCCCAGAAGAAGAAACCCAGGGAAAGAGCAGAGGACAGCGCAGGCACUGCCGUUAUCUCUGACAUUGAAGAUGACGCUGCAGAGCUGAGCAGAGAGAGCGUGUGGGACCUUUCCUGUGACACUGUAAGAGAACAGCUUACAAACAGCAUCCGGAAACAGUGGAGGAUCCUGAAAAGCCACGUGGAAAAGCUUGAUAACCAAGUUUCAAAGGUCCACUUAGAUGGCCUCAGUGAUGAGGACGUCAUCUCUCGACAAGACCAUGAACAGGAGACUGAGAAACUGGAGUUAGAGAUCCAGCAGUGUAAAGAGAUGAUCCGAGCGCAGCAGCAGCUCUUACAGCAGCAGCUGGCCACCACCUGUGACGACGACACCACCUCGCUGCUGCGAGACUGUUACCUGCUGGAAGAAAAAGAACGCCUCAAAGAGGAGUGGUCCCUUUUCAAAGAGCAGAAAAAGAACUUCGAGAGAGAAAGACGAAGCUUUACAGAAGCCGCGAUCCGCUUGGGGCUGGAGAGGAAGGCAUUCGAAGAAGAGCGAGCCAGCUGGUUAAAGCAGCAGUUUUUAAACAUGAUGACCUUUGACCACCAGAACUCGGAAAAUGUGAAACUUUUCAGUGCCUUCUCGGGAAGUUCUGAUCCAGACAAUCUUAUAGUGCACUCACGGCCACGGCAGAAGAAGCCACACAAUGUGGCUAAUGGGGCACCAGCUUGCACAUCAAAACUGACUAAGUCUCUUCCUGCUUCACCUUCUACUUCAGACAUUUGCCAGACACGCUCCUGUGUGUCGGAACACAGGAGUUCAACCAAUGUGCUGAAUGUAACUCCUGAAGAAACUAAACCAAAUGAGGUUGGAAGAGAAUGCACAAAUCAGAAAUGGAGCGUGGUGUCAAGACCCACUUCACGGGAAGGCUGCUACAGCAGAUGCUCCUCAACCUACACAAAUUCUCACCUGGAAAGAGAUGACUCACCUUAGAUGCAUAGACUGCCGUGUUCUCGCUAAAAUGUGCAUCCGAGGUCACAGCUGAGUUAAACAGGGUGUAUCAUAAAGUCGGUCAUCUAAUUUAA